AUGAAAAACAAAAAGAAAGCUCGACGGUCAGGCGCAAAUAAACAAAACGCAAAACAUCAACAACAGCAAGAUCUAUCUGCUGACGAAUGGGCUCAAGCACAAAAAGUUCUAGAUCAACAGUUAAAGGAAUUGGGUUUAUACUGUAAAGAAAUUAGUGCAGACGGAAAUUGUUUGUCUUUAUCCGAUCAAUUUUAUGGGAAUACAAAACAACAUUCAAAGAUUCGCAAAGAAAUUUGCGCAUAUUUAGAAGAAAACUUUGAUCAUUUUCAAUUCUUUGUAGAAGAUGACAAACCUUUUGAUUACCAUAUAGCACAGAUGAAAAAGGAUGGCACCUAUGGUGGAAAUAUGGAAUUAGUAGGGUUCGCACAACUUUAUGGAGUUGAUAUAAAAAUAUAUCAACCUGGAACAAUCUAUGUUAUUGAGGGAAAUGAAAAUAAUAAGUCUACGGAAAAAAUUGGAACCAAAAAAACCUUACAUAUCGCGUAUGUUAUCUUAGCGUUUAGUAGAUUACCAAAAACAAUUUAUCAUAAUUGGGAACAUUAUAGUUCAGUAAGGAACAUCCAAGGGCCACAUGAAGGUGAUCCGGAAAUUAUAUCAGAGUCAAUACAUUCUACUAAUGAUCCUGCCUCUGAUACUGAUAAUCCUCCGAAUUCAAUUGAAAAAAUGAUCAUGAGCUCUACUGGGGAGAAGAAUUUGGCAACCAUUCGUGACAUGAUGACAAGAUUACAAUUUAACCAUGAUGAAGUUAUAAAUGAAUUAAUUGAAAGAUCACAAAAAAAAUCUAUUAACGGUAAUGGUUCAUAUUCAAAAGAAGUUGAAGAAGAUGUAAAUCCACAAGAACAGGAAGAACAUUUGCCUAUGGAAGAUUCUUCUCAAAGCAAAGCCACAAUACAGCCUGAUAUAUCACCGAGAAAAGAUCAAGAAACUUUAGAUGUGAACAUUAAUGCAAAAACUAGAAAUACUAGAAAUUUAAUAGAAGACGAUCUGGAAAUCCAAGAAGCCGAAGACAACAAGCAGGUUCAAGGGCAAAAAGUGUACUUGAACGGUGUCGAGAAAAUGGAUGAUCUUACAAGCGGUUCAGAUAGUGAUUACACAAAAUAUUGGAUUGAUUGGUUUUUGUCUACUAAGGGAAAUGAAUAUUUUUGUGAAGUUGAUGAAGAAUAUAUACUUGAUCGUUUUAAUUUAACCGGACUAAACUCUGAAGUUCAACAUUAUGUUCAAGCACUUGAUUUGAUAACGGAUUCUUUAGAAGAAGAAUUGGAUGAUGAGAUGCGUGAAGCCGUCGAGAAAUCCGCUCGUCACUUAUAUGGUUUGAUUCACGCGAGAUUUAUUAUCACAAGCAGAGGUUUAGCAAAAAUGCUUGAGAAAUACAAGAAAGCGGAUUUUGGCCGAUGCCCACGUGUUUUAUGUCAUAAUCAACCUCUCUUACCAGUUGGACUAUCUGAUCAGCCUUAUACGAAAUCCGUUAAAUUGUACUGCCCUCGUUGUGAAGAUAUUUAUAAUCCUAAAUCCACUCGACAUGCAAGUAUCGACGGUGCUUAUUAUGGAUCUACUUUCCCUCAUAUGCUCUUCCAAGUUUAUCCACACUUGCUACCACCUAAAAGUAAUGAGCGAUAUGUUCCUAGAAUUUUUGGAUUCAAGAUUCAUGAUAUUGCCAAACAGCAUCGUUGGCAAGAUCAACAAAGAGAAGAACAACAAAGAAGAAUCACCGUGGUUGGCGAAGGAAAUGCUAAUAGUUAA